CAUACUGAUUGCCUGCAGUGAUAAAAUUAAGCAGGAGCCUGAUAGUGGUGGCUCUGACUUCCUGGUUUGUGCAUGCUUGCGCUGAGAGAGGCAUGAGAUGUCGUUUUGUCCUUACACUGUAUGUCUUAUUGUGGGGUUUGGCACCUCCUGCCUCUCCCUUGCGUUCCUGAGCUGCCUGUCAGUCUGAGUGACAGUCCUCAGCUAGCAAACGGAGUAUAAAAGGGAGACAGCUCUAUGCUUUGUACUACCAGGAGGAUUUCUGAGCUUCCAGUUGCCUUAUCCCUUUUCAGUGUGUUUGCUGAGAGAAUAACUCAUUCCUGUCAUGGCUAAUGGGGAAGCCCUAAAUCAUGAACUUUCUACAAUUUUCAAUGAGUUGUGGGAUAUGGAUGUUAACCGCCUUAUGCCUGGAAAAGACUACACAAUUGAUUUGCAGGGAAAAGCAGGUGCUGCACAGCAAGGUGACAGUGCAGCGAGACGUCUGUUUCACAACGUAAAUGAAGAACACCUGAAGAGCAUAAAAACUUUUGCAACCUUUAUUUCCUUAUUGGACAACUAUGAGACAUCAACUGGUGUAGCAGAAGUAGUGACUCCAGAAGAAAUAGCUGAAAACAAUCGUUUUCUUGAUGCUAUCUUAGCGACAAAAGUAAUGAAACUAGCUCAUGAAUAUCUGCUUAAAAAAAACCUAGCAAAGCCAAACGUUGCCGAUUUCAAACAUCAGCUCUAUGACAUCUGGUUCCAGCUCUACCCCAGGAAAAGAGGAGACAGCCCUGAUUCUUGUGGUUUUGAACAUGUUUUUGUUGGAGAAACGAGGCGUGGUAAACAGAUAUUAGGUCUGCACAACUGGGUGCAAUUUUACCUUCAGGAAAAGCGCAACCAAAUCGAUUACAAGGGAUAUGUCACUCGGAAGAACAAAACCAGGCCUGACAAAGAUGACCAAGUUUUGAGCAUCCAGUUCAGCUGGAAGGGCUCAGUCAAGCCAAUUGGAAGCACCUUUAUUGGUGUCAGCCCGGAGUUUGAAUUUGCCCUUUACACCAUCAUUUUCCUGCUGUCUGAAGGAAACGUCACACGUGAAACAGUGAUGAUAGAGGAAUACAAGCUACAGAUAGUUGUUUGCCGCCAUGGUCACCACAUUGGAACAGCAUAUCCAGUACUCCUCAACACUGGUAGUGAAGACUAGUACCUAGAGUGAUCAGGCAACAUUUUUUGGGGGGGUGGGGAAAGAGGAGAAGGAAAAGGAAUAGGGACCAAAUAGCAGAGUAAGUUGAGGUGUUGCUUUAUACAACUGAUUUUGAGUAAAAAUUGAUGACUCAUUUGCUUUUGGUCUGCAAUGGAGUGUUUAAUCAACAGUGUGCCAUGGCUCAGUGUCUGACAAGUCUUGAGACAUAUUUCUGCUCAUAUUAAAAGCUGGAUCAAACUUA